AUGAAGCUCUCUACGUGUUUGGCGGCUGUGGCCGCCGUUGCUGUGUCGCAUGCUUCUCCGCACCCCGCACUGGGACAGCAACAGACCCUCGGGGUCUCGCAACACGCUCCGCAGACCUCGAUCAGCGACAAAUUCGACCAGACUGAUGCAAGUUUCAUUGAUCAGGACCCCCUGCUAUCAUUCCACCGAGAUUUGGUCUCAAUUGAGUCGGUCUCAGGCAAUGAGCAUGACGUGGGCAUCUUCAUCGCCAAGUUCCUCGAGGCCAAGAACUUCACGGUGAUCAAGCAGGAAGUCGCGCCUGUGAAGAAGAAAGGGGUCGGUGCUCAGGACGAGGAUCAGACCCCCAAGACGCGAUACAAUAUCUACGCGUAUCCGUCGUCUUUGCGAGAACAGCCCUCAAUCUUGGUCACGAGUCAUAUUGAUACUGUUCCACCGUUUAUUCCUUAUUCGGUGCACAAGCCUGAAUCGUCGACGGUGCAAUCAAAUCUCGACGAGUACGUCAUCGCUGGUCGAGGCACGGUCGAUGCCAAGGGUAGCGUUGCGGCGCAGGUGUAUGCGGUUUUGGAGACGCUGGAGGCACACCCCGAUGCAAAGCUGGGGCUGCUCUUCGUCGUCGGGGAAGAAAUUGGCGGAGACGGCAUGAAAACCUUCUCCGAGUCCGAGAUCAACGCAAAGAGCGCAUACCACACUGUCAUCUUCGGUGAACCCACCGAAGCCAAGCUCGUUUCCGGACACAAGGGCAUGCUGGGCUUCGAAGUUUUGGCCCACGGUAAAGCGGCACACUCGGGGUAUCCAUGGCUGGGAAAGAGCGCUGUCUCUGCUAUCUUGCCAGCUCUGAGCCGUGUGGAUCAACUUGGCAACAUCCCCGUCAGCAAAGGUGGGCUGCCCUCGUCGGAAAAGUAUGGCCCUACUACACUGAAUAUUGGCACGAUUCGGGCCGGCGUGGCGACGAACGUUGUACCGGCUACUGCCCACGCGGAUGUCGCUGUCCGUCUGGCGGCAGGGACUGUGGAGGAAGCCCGGGAGCUCAUCCAAAAGGCUGUGAAGGAGGCGACUCGCGACGUUGAGGCUGAGGUCAAAGUCGACUUUUCCAACCAUAACGAGGCUUACUCGCCUCAAGAUUUGGAUACGGAUGUGGAUGGAUUUGAGGUGAUGCCGGUAAACUACGGUACAGACGUACCCAAUUUGACGGUGCGAGACGGGGUAAAGCGCUACCUUUACGGCCCAGGAAGCAUUUUUGUUGCGCAUGGCGACAACGAGGCCCUCACUGUCCGGGACAUCAAGGAUGCGGUCAAGGGUUUCAAAAAGCUGAUUAAUGCUGCCUUGGACCGAGACUGA